UCAAUGCCUGCAAUGUCACCAACCAUGAAUGAAGGUGGUGUUACUGAAUGGAAAUUUAAAGAAGGUGAUUCAUUCAAAUCUGGUGAUAUUUUACUUGAAGUUGAAACCGAUAAAUCUCAAAUUGAUGUGGAAGCUCAAGACGAUGGUAUUUUGGCCAAAAUUAUCAAAGCUGAUGGUUCAAAAGAUGUUCCAGUUGGUGAAGCAAUUGCAAUUAUUGCAGAACCAGGUGAUGAUUUAGCUACUUUAGAAUUACCAGAAAUCAAAUCUAUGAAGGCUGACCCAAAACAAACAUUCUUCCCUUCAGUUGCAUCAUUGCUCGAAGCUAACAAGAUUUCUAAAGAAGAUGCCUUAUCAAAUAUCAAAGCUAGUGGUCCAAAUGGUCGUAUUGUCAAAGGUGAUGUUUUAGCUUACUUG